UUCAGGAAAAAAAAGGAAAUAUAUUAACCGCAAGAGGAGAUGACUCAUGUAUUCGAUGACGAAACUUUAAAUUCAACUGCUUAAUUUUCACUCCUUUUUGCUAUUAUUUACUUAUUUUAUUGAGCACAGUUGAAUGUGGAUUCAUGUGUGGAUCAUUGCUGCAUUUCUUGCCGCAACUCUAACUUUAUCAAUCGUAAUCUUAUGCUGUAUUCUAAUUUCAAAAAAUGAAUUGCGUCCUACCAGACGUUCCAUUAUCGUUCGACCGAAAACCGCCAAACCGAUUAACGCAUUCGACGAAAGCAGCGAAGUGUAUGCCCGAAUUUCAAGUCCCACAGUAAACACAAUUUCUAAAUUUCCAUCACGUAAGGCUGAUAUCAGGGAAUCAGAACAAAGUCGAGCACCAAACAGGAAAUUUAACUGGAUGUCUGGUGAGCGUAAAGAGUUAUUCCGAGAAUAUUAUGAUCUUAAUUACAGGCUUCCCAAUGACACUUCCUCCCUUACCACUCAGGAAAAUGCCACUAUGUCCAUAAAAACAGCUAGUAUUUCUCGGGUAUCUCAUACACAGAUCGUCGUGCACAUAACACCAUACUCUGCAUUUUCCGGUCGCUCGAAACAGCGAAGUGGCCAUUUUGUGGAUCGAGAUCCUCCAUCAGACGAGUCAAAAUGUGAUUAUUUGGAUCCAUUGGAUUUGAAUCUCAGCAAGCUUCAUGACACUUAUAUUGCCAGCAGCAAUUACCACCACUCGAAACAAACCGAUUGGCCAUCAAACAAUGAAUCCAUAGUAAUUACAUAUGCAUAA